UGCUGCUCCUGCUCUCGGAGGGAGAGUGAGUUAAUCCGAGCCAUGGCCAGAGUCAUUUCCUCGGAGAGACGAAUUACGGAGCAGUAUUGCCUCCAUGUCCUUGCUCUAAAGCAAGUAGUGGAGGACUUUGACAGGGCCUUUGGCUUUCAUCCCAGCAUGCAUGACUAUGAACAUAGCUAUGCCUCUGCUGAUGCCUCCCUGCAAGGAUGUGAGGAGGUAUUCCACAUCUCUGAAAGGGACGUGUGUGUGAAAGCACACUCAGGCCAAUAUGGUGUGGUUCGCUGUGGAACCAAGAGGGCGUGCCUCACAUGUCCCUCUACAUCAUGUGGCCAUGUGGGUGAGCUACACAGACUUUUGUCUACCUCCCCAGAUAAGUAUGAGGACAUAAGGGGGAUGUGCUUGGAGGAUGCACCCUCUGAGGCGAAUGGGACGUUUAAAUGCCUCUCCUCUAGGCCCAUUGCCUUUCGACCGGUGCCUGGCUCAGUCCGCCAUUCCCCCGGGUACAACGCCCAGUCCCAUCUUCCCAUGAUUUUACGGGACAGGGCAUGCACAAUGUGUGGGACUCCUAUUGUGGAAACACAGUUGAGCACAGCAGUCGAGGUUCCUCUGAUAACGAGGAACUUUGUGUUUGACUACAAAGACCUUUUCUCUAAAGCAGAGGCACCAUUCCUGGGUGAAGAGUUGGUGGAUGAUUCACCAGUUGACCAUCCAAGUGAGGCCAGCCUUUCUUUCUUCCCUUCACUUCCUGUAAUUAGGCAGAGGGGACACUACUUGGCUGACUCCAAGCAGAGUAAACCGGCAUGCCACAAAAAUGCCUCUGGCCAUCCCUCCCUUCUGCCUGGUGUAUUUCUCAUCCACUGUGAGCAUGGGAUCUGCUACGGUUUCCAGAUGAUGGUCAAACAUGAAUCUCCAGACACGCCGUUCACUGUCCUGAAGACCAGAUUCAUGGAAAUGCCUAAGGUGGUCAUAUAUGACAACAGUUGCAACCUCCACCAGUACUGCCUCAACCGUGACCGGCUGUCCUUCAAAAAGACAUGGUUUUUGGUUGAUCGCCUUCACUGGAAAAACCACCGAAGGUAA